AUGACCGCUGAAGGCGAGCUUCUACGAUAUGGCGAAGGGACGCGGACGAGGAAUUCAGCGUGGAGGAGAGGAACAAGAAUAGUCAGGUCACUGACUGAGGGAGGAGGCUCUGUGGAGACACCCCUUCGUGCCCAGGGAGAAGGAAGAGCGCUUCUUGGUUUGAAUGGCGAACGUGACCCAAUCAAGAAAGAUCGCAGUUGUGAUGAAGAAGACGAACUUGACGUUGGUUAUGUUGUUGGCAACAAGGCAGUCACUGAAGAGCCUCCAAAGAAUGAGAAGAUCAAUGACCAUGAUCGCAAAAAUUUUACGGAAAAACAAGAUGAAAAAUCGACAAGAAUACAACCUGAUGCCGUCAAGGAAGUCUUGACUGCUGUCAAGCUUCCAACCAAACACCACGAGGAGACAGCACGAAACAAAGUUUGCAGAGUAAUCGAGAAAGAUUAUACAAAACAAAGCGAGAAAACUGUGUCUACAUAUGGAGCAAACUAUAAAGGGCUUAACGAAACAGAGAUGAACGACUUGAGAACUGCUUUCAGGUUGCCAAAGUUCAGCCUGGAGGAGAUAGCAGUUGCAGAUAGCAAUUGCACAAGCUUGCAACCUGUCGUGAAAGAACGUCAAGACGAGAAUGAGAAAUCAUCUCUCAUUGAGCAGCUUGAAAGAUUGUGCGUUCUACACACGGAUGGCAAAUUGUCAGUCUUUGAAUUUUCAGCGGCAAAGAAGAUUUUAUUGCAUGCAUUUUCCAAGUCGAGAGAAUCUGCAAAAGUUUCGCAGGGUUUGUUGAACUCGAAGUUGUCGAGCAGCAGAGAAUUGGAGGCAUCAACGAUCCACGUGGAGAAGAAGUUAAGACAGGGAAGCACCGGGAAAGAGAAGCCAACCAUGGGAGAGAAAGCAUCAGCAGUGGCGGAAGGAAAAGGAGACAUCAAAGAUCUCGACAGCAAGCGUGAACUCCGUUCGGUCCCAAUAUUCGACGUCAACGCAGCAACUAGAGCAGCGAAAUGGCUCAAGGAGGAACAAGCAAAAUUCCACCUGGUCACCCAUGUCUAUGGAAGGAACUACGACAUGCGUCACAAGCUGCAUCCCUUCCGUCACUACGACGUGUCAAACUAUCCUGCCCAGCCCUCCUGGUCUUUCCCUGGCAGGCAGCAGCCGAGCUGGAUCCUCCUCCCCAACUGCGAGACGCCUGGCCCGGGGCACUACGUGAUCUCAGUAAGCGGAACGACUAGUCGCUCCACGAGUUUCGGCAAGGGGGGACAAAGACUCUCGCCCAGCAGGCACCACGAGUACGAGCAGGCGAACAUGCCGGGGCCAGGUCAGUAUGACGUAGAGGGCAACUGGGGUCAGGACGGCUUCACGUUUGGGAGAAGCGUCAUGCGACCAGCGUCAGUGGAGGAGGCUGAGGGCUUCCCGGGUCCAGGAGAGUACGACCCAUGGAAGGAGGAGAAGGAGCGUGGCCGCGGUGUGUCCUUCGGGAAGGAGGUGCAGCGGCCGGAUGAGUGGGAGGUGACUGUAGCAAAGGAUCUUCCGGGUCCUCAAGAGUAUGUGACGACGAUAAGAUGGGGGAAAGAAAAAGGAGGAGGAAGCAUCAGCUCUUCAGAGCGAUUCCCUAAGCCGACCAGGCAAGAGGAAGAAAAAGCUUCCUUCCCCGGGCCUGCAGAUUAUGACUGCUUUCGGGGGGAGGAGGGGAAAGGUCCCUCCUUCUCCAGACAAGAGAGGCUGCCAUGGACAGAGGAGCAGAAGGCGUGGCUUAGCGUCCCGAGCUCCACAGCUUACAAUACAGCGAGAGAGUGGAGGAGCAAGAGCCCCUCCUUCCCGCGUGAAGCGAGAGACUUGGAGAGCAAGGUGCUGCUCGGAGAGAAUAGAUCCUUCCCUGGUCCUGGCGCUUACCUCCUCCUGUCCUCCUCUCCAACCUCUCCAGGCAUUUCUUUCGGUCAGGAGGAGCAGAGAAGAAUGAGCAUGUGGGAACGAGAGCAGCAGCAGGUGCCUGGGCCAGGUACUUACGAUCCGCAGGAAGACAACGGCAUAAGUAUCAGUUUUCCGAAGGAAGCAAAGAAGAACAGGUGGCUGGAGGGGACAGCAAUGGAGCUGUCGCCUGGUCCAGGACACUACUCGUCUCCUCCUCCAGCAGGAAACGGAGGGCUCAGCUUCGGCAAGGAGGAGCAGAGAAUGCUGAGUGGGCAGGAAAGGUACUGGAGAACCACCCCAGGAGUUGGAGCUUACGAUGAGGGGUUUUCCCUCCUGCCUCAGCCCCCUUGUGCUGUGAUAGGCAACGAAGUUCGUCAGCUAGUCUUCAUGAGUCCCUCGAAAAUGCGCAGACAGCGAGCAACAGCUCUCUGCUGCCUCUGCAGCCUGGAGCAGCGUCCAGAGAUGCUGCAGCUGUGUCCGAUCCACAGGACAUGGUCGAGGAAGCACCAGGAGAUUGUGAUGGAAAAAGAAGCGCAGAAAAGCUAUGGAGGUUUUGAUGGUGGAGGAGCAGGAGCAGGAGCAGGAGCAGGAGCAGGAGCAGGAGUAAGAUCUGUUGCAACGGGUGAUAGGUCGACCACAAAACUCGUCAAACCGAGAGGCACAAUCUUUCGCUAG